GGCGGGCCCGGCGCGGCGGGGGGCGGUGGGCGCUGCGCAGAGCCCGGCUCCCCUCGGCGGCGGCGGGCGGAAGGCCGGAGGGCGGCAGCGCCAUGCCCGGUCCGGCAGCGCCGGGGGCGGCGGCGGCGGCGGCGGGGCCCGGCCCCGACCCGGAGGAGAGCUACGACUUCCUCUUCAAGCUGGUGCUCAUCGGGGACGCCAGCGUGGGCAAGACCUGCCUGGUACAGCGUUUCAAAACAGGGGCCUUCGCCGAGCGCCAGGGCAGCACCAUCGGCGUGGACUUCACCAUGAAGAGCCUGGAGAUCCAGGGCAAGCGAGUGAAGAUCUGGGACACGGCUGGCCAGGAGAGAUUCCGAACUAUCACACAGAGUUAUUACCGCAGCGCCAAUGGAGCAAUCCUGGCCUAUGAUAUCAGCAAGAGAGGCUCUUUCCUGUCCAUUCCUCGCUGGAUCGAGGAUGUGAGAAAGUAUGCCGGUUCCAACAUAGUACAAUUACUGAUUGGAAACAAGUCUGACCUAAGUGACCUUCGAGAGGUUCAGCUGGAAGAAGCUCAGAGUCUGGCUGAACACUAUGAUAAUAUCAUCUGUGCCAUAGAGACCUCUGCGAAAGACUCCAGCAAUGUGGAGGAGGCUUUUGUGAAGAUGGCUACAGAGCUCAUGAUGAGGCAUGGAGGCCCUAUGUUCAGUGAGAAGAAUACUGACAGCAUCAAGCUUGACAGCAAAGACGUUGUAGAAGGCUGGGGGUGUGGUUGCUGAUAUGAGCUAGGUGAUAUCCCUAACUUUACUGGAAUUUAGAUGGUGCUUCACCCUAAUGCUGAGUAGCAUGGUAGCCAUAUUCUCCUCCUUCUGUGAAACCAGCAAUUUUGUAGAAGUUAGACACAAUCCUGUUUGCUUUGGUGUCUUAUUUUUAAAAAGGGACUCUUGAGAGGUAGUCCUAAAAGUCAAACCCUCUGAAAAACUACUCCACAUUUGUCCCCACCAUUUCUCUUCUGUAACCUUCAUACAAGUUACAAAAGUGAAGGAAACAAAUUUGAACUAGUGAUGUGGGGUGGGGAGACAGAUGGUUGGGGAGGAGACUGAUGCACACCCAAAGUUCUGAAGCGUUUAGCAAGGGACUGUUGGCAAAGGAGGUCACUUUUGGAACAGGCAAUCUUGACAGUGUCUCUUUAAAUCCUCAGCACUCCACUAAUGAUCAGAAAAUGAGUGUCUUUGAUAAAGGUAUUUCAAGUGUCAGAAUACCUAACAUUUUGAUUACAGGACCAAAUAGCAGUCACCUGUCCUAGGGCAUAUGGAUUGCUGGUUAGUAUUGGGACAGGCCCAGGUGGGGAAACCUUCUCUCAGGUUCUGUCAUAAUUAUUUUAAGUUACCAUUUUAACAAAAAGCAAAAUCAGCCUGAGCGAUAUCACAUGACUUGGUGUCAAGCAGGACUGGACCAGUUGUAGUUAUUUUAAAUACAGCCUUGAGGAGAGGGUAGAUGCAUUUCAUUUGUUAUUGUUUGCACGGUGAUAGCUCCCUUUUCCAUGCGGGUAUCAUUGAGUUUUGCCCUCAGGUCUCUUAAUUUCAUUCCACAACUCAAGACCUGCACCACUGGAAACAGGAACUGGAGAAACCUUGAACUGACUGGUAGCCAUGAUCUCCUACCAUGUGCCUAAUGGUCAUAUACAGGGUUAAUUCUGGUCAUACAUUUGACAUUAUGUUACUAGAGUGUUUAUUGCUUAAGUGGCAUAAGUGAAUUUGGGGUUUGGUUAGUUGCUUUUUCUUUUAAACCAUCUCUUUAAAUACAAUCUGUGCAUAUAAUGGGAAAUAAGACCUCAGAAUAGCUGAAAACUGCAUCUUUUUUUUGAAAACAGCAUCUUUUUGAGUGAUUCCCUCCCAACUUUGUCCUCAACUGCUGCCCUCUCCCUAUCACUUGCUUUUCAUUUCUUGGAAACAUUCAGCAGGAAAAAUCUUUCACUGUUGAUCAAAAGUCUACAUUGUUAAGUAAAAUAGAUUUCAUAAUUCAACUACAUAUAGUUGUCUUUCAGAUUCAGCUCUGUAUUACACGUUGUAGAUGUAGCUGAAGUACUGAUGGCAGCAGUCCUCUCUGGAUUUACACUCUCAAGUACUUACAAAGAUGGAUUUGCAAAGGGAGCAGAAGCAGGAUUAUUUUUAACUCUGCAGUUAAAGCAAAGGUGUUCAGAGGUGACAAGUGAUUUCUGCAAUGGUGAUGCUUUGAAAGAGCUCAUUUUCAGAAAGCACCCACUUAAAGUGAAGUCAUUUGUCCCUUUUGAAAAUCUUGAUCAAAAAGGACCUGGACUGGUUUGCCACUGGGGCUACACCAGUUUUUAGCCAUUCAGCAUAUCCAGUACUAUGAAGAUCAGGAAGAUUUAAGAAAGGGCUAAUGGAUCCUAAUUUCAAUACUGUUCAUCUUUCUACAGAAAACAUUAAAACAUUCUCUGGUCUUUCUGGUUUUUUUUUUUUUAAACUGUGAGGUAGAUAAUUGAGGAGUUAUGUAUGCUUUGUAGCCUGUUUGCUUCUAAUCUAAGGGGUUAGUUUUCAAGUUUUAUAGUUGUAAGAGUGAAAAGGGCCUUAAAUUUUUCAAUUAGUAUAGUUUUCACAACUUUAUUGGGCAGGUUGAGCUGCAGUACUCAGCAGUAUUUUUGGAUAGUUUUCCAGGACAUUCCCAGCUCUCCUACAGCCAAAGAUAACAGGCAAUAAGUAUCCAGCAGUAGCUAGACACUGAAAAUGAAAACUGUCCAAACGCUAGAUUCGUUAGCGAUUAGCAAACCUUGUAUUCCACUCUCAGGAGGAACUAUGAAGACGGUCCAAGCUAAAACGCAGUCCUGAUGACUGUUUUUCCUCCUAGUUAGAUGGUUCUUAAGAUACAGAAUACUAGCAAGCAUUUGACUUCGUGUCAUGAUGUAUUAUAGUUUACAUCUGUCGGUCACAGUCCUGCAGUUCUGUAUGCUUGAACAUGGACCCUCAGAUAAGCUCAGCCUCCCACCGUUUGCAGGAUUAGUGCCAAAUUAUUUAAGCCAUGCUGAUAAAAAUUCACACACGUUUAAGAACAGUAUUGCUACUACUCAGAUCAAAAUCAGUAGUUUAUAUAGUAACUCAUCUUAAAACCGGAGAAAGAUGCAAAAUGAACAUAAAUCCUCCUUCCAAUGCAGUCAGGGAAUCAUUAUGUUUUUACAGUAGAUGGAGAAAUGAGGAAUUAUUGAUCUGUUUCCUUAGUUUUUAGGUUUGUUUAGCAACUAAACAGGUAGAAUUAGACCAAGCGCUAUACUUUCCUUACAAUUUGCCCCUGUAUAUCUCUAAAGCUAGCCUUGAAGAUUGAGACUCUGCCUGCAGGUUCUGUUCCAGUCAGAAAACAUGAAAUACAGCAUCAGCGAUUUGUUCGUUGUGUUUUCAGUUAUGGCUUUAACUCAGCUUUAUCCUCUAACUCUUGGCUCUUCUAUGUUGUAACAUAAUUCAGUGUAAUUCAAGUUUGCAUGCCCUACCUAACUGAACAAAAGGGAACAAAGAAAUAGACCGAAGACCUGUUUAUUUUUUCAGGUUAGUAGCAGAUAUGAAUUAACAGUACUUGGGCUGUCUGUAGUAAAAGGCUAUUUCAAUUACCAAACCCUUUUUUUGUCUAUUAGUAAUAACACAAUACUCACUAGACUGAUAGCUUCUUGACCAGAGAUAAACUAAACAGUGAACAUAACUUAGAGAGCUUUUCAGUCUUUCAUGCCCCUUCUGAAGACUUUUAUUAAAUUUGUAAUUCACACACUUAGCUAUGUAAUUCAAGUAUUAGGAAGACAAUCCUGUUCGUUUAAUUCCAUUAAUCCUAUUGAAACCAAAAGGAUACCUGGGUGAAGAGAGUGAGUGGCAAUAAACCUGAGAUUUAUGGGUAGAAACCUCAGUUUCAAAUCUUAAGUUACAAAUGUGCACUGAUGUACAUCAAGUGAAUUAUUCAGUAGUGCAUGAUCAGAGUUCCCAAUAUAAACAUUUGCUAAGAAACCUGUUUACUGGCACUUAAAUGUUAACAAGACUAUAGUGCAGUAAUUGCUUUUAAGCAGAUCUCCUUGGCUGACCAUAUAUUUGCAUAUAGUAUUUAUCAUUUAUUUUUGUCAGUACCCAAAGCGUGCAAAAUAUUACA